GAGAGGACUUCAAUAAGCCUAUUGGCUUCUAGUCUAAUUCAUCUAUGUAUUUUCUCAUCUAAAAUGUACAUAUUGGGAAAUAAGUAUAUGUUUAAAACAUGUAGCACCAAAUGAUGUCAUUUUAUACUAAUUUCUGGCGUUCACUGACCUGACUGGUGUCCACUAAAAAUAUCUAAAAUCAAAAAUAUCAAAAAGGGGCGUCUUUCUAUCAUUAUUGAAUAAAACCACAAGUUACGAAUAUAUUCAAUAUUGAAAGUUAAAAAUGCUCUACGUCAAUCAUCGACCAACCUCUAGGCCCUACCUGUAUCCGGUUCUAUUGAAAUAUGUGUGGACCGAAAUCUAUAAUAAAUAAAACAAUUUAGAGAUGCUGUCAUCACAUUGUCGGUCAACAUUUACUGUCAUUCUGCGAUGAAAUGCUGCUCAGGCCCCGUGUUCACAAAACAUUUUUCGGUCUCAGUUGAGUUUGAGUUUGAAAUUUUAAUAUCAGUUUUACUAAAUCUACAUGGUUAAAUUCCAAAUGAGACUGGCCAUCAGUAGUAAAUAGUCACUUGAAAAUAGUUAUUAACUUCAAAUUUAGUUUUAAACAUGCUAUUUAGAUAUAAAUGAACAAUAAAGUUUCAUUAUCAAACUCAGCUGAGACUGAAAAUGUUUUGUGAACACGGGGCCUGGGCAUGUUCUGGAUAAACAAUUCUUAAUCUAAAUGUAUUAGUUUAAAUUCCAACCAGCGCAAAAAAAUGUAUAACGAUCACGUACUGAAUUAAUUGUCGAUUUUCAUGAAAAUGUUUUUUCUAUAUACUGGAUUCUACGGGAAAAUGAGAGUGCUUAAACUGGUAUUUGUAUAUUACAACUGUUUUAAUAUAUUUUCAAUGGCUGUGAUACAAUAUAAGAAAAUUGUUCGGUACACCGGGAAUGACAAUUUGUACUUUAAUACUGAUCAUAUCGUGGACUUGUUAAACGUGGUGAAUGCGAGGCGAUGCGCGACUUUCUGUGGGCAACGUGCAGAAUGUAUGUCAUUCUUUUAUAACAACGCUUUAGAAAUCUGCAGGCUUCACAGUGCGGACUAUUUUCAAAUCAGUGAUGGUAUCACUGUGCCUAACUGGAAGUUUUAUGUAACGGAAGAUACGGAAUGUCCUGGUUAUCUUGGAUUUUUUUAUGAUGAAGCUGGAGAAAUGUGUGUGCACGUGGCAACAAAUACUUACAAAUUUUCCGAAGGUCAACAAUACUGCAGUCAGCGGAACGCACGUGUAAUAUCACUAGAAACUACUAAAAAACGACUAGCGUUUUCAAAUUUGAUACAGAGACCGGAUGUGGCGACAUUAAUACCCAAACAAGUAAUUCUUCUAGGAAUACAUAAAACGAACGGCGUCUGGAAGUGGCAGAGUGGAGCAACUUUGAGUGAUUCGAACUGGGGUAUUGGACAACCAUUCUGCCCAUCAGGCACAGUCUGUGAAUGUGCUGGUCUCCUUAUCGAAUGGGCCGGGCAUACAUGGAAUGAUGAUGUGUGCGGAGGUCAGAGAUCACUGGUUUGUGAAUAUGUUGGGAAUUAAGGGACACUGCACAGAGUUACUAGAAGAAACACAAAUGUUUUGUAAAUGUGAUUUUAGAUAAUAUAAGGACCCUCUUACACAUUCGGCUCUAAGUAAGUGUAUAGUCUGUUCCACUGAUCUGUCUAGCAAUACAAAUAUAUGCGCUGUAGUAUAAACGCGUGGAAGAGUCUGAGUGCAACGAACGGUAACUCUGUAAAGGAGAUUGUAAAAAGAGUAAGGAACGGUAACCCUGUCAAGGAGUUUAACAAAAACGAUUAAUGAUUAAUAUCAGUUCGUUAAAUUCAGUUUGAAAUUUUACCUCUUCUUUACUCUUUGAUUAUUUAUUUUCAGACACUUAACCUUUUUACAGGAAACACUAGAAUAUAUGUAAAAAUGAUUGACGUCGGCACCUGAUUCAAUCUCGUCGUGUAUAAUUUUAUUUUAUUCAAUUCAAGUUGUCUUAUACAAAAGCUUUCAACUGGUUACAACAAUGAAUAUCCUGUUUUGUCUAUCGAAAAGUAUACAAAGAUAAGGAUUUUAUAUAUUGAACUGAGUGCUAACACUUUUAUCAUUCUUUAAGGAUCCAAAAUACCCAACCAGUAGGAUGUUUCCCUCUUGUCCACUUUCAAAUUGAUUCUAGAAUUCUAUUUUAUUGUUUCGUGAUGUUUGUAUUUCAUGUUUGUUCUCUCUAUUUUUCCGUCGCUUUGUUCAGUAAACAAUACAUGUACUAGUACCAUUGACCCUCCUUUUGUUGAUGUUAACUGAAAAUUGAUUUGCAGAGUUAUGAUUUAAAAUGUUCUGUUGUUUCAAACACUCCAAGAAAGAAUACGUUAUAUACAGUAAGAAGCAACUGGCCUACUUUUCUCUGAAUACAAAAAGGCUUAGUUUGUAUACUGAACAAAACAGCUAAAUCGCCAUUAGUUUGUUUGUUUCAGAUUUACUACAUUUUGUUCAUAAUGAUCAUUACAGUCUGCGCUCAAUCGAAAACAUGGAUCUUUCUAUUGUUAAACCUAAAACGAACUACAUGUACCUGAAACAAACAUUUAGCUACAAAGCUGCACACAUAUGGAAUUCACUUCCUUCUUACAUUAAACUUCAUAAUAAUAAUAUAACUACUUUCAAGCAUAAUUUAAAGAAUUUUCUCUUGUUACAAUAGUUUUUAGCAAUUAAUUACUUGUAAUUACAAGAUUUUGUUGAAUUGAUGUUACUGUAUUCUAUUCCAAUAAUAAUAAUAUUCAUACUAUCUUAUUAUUCAAAUCCGGAACUAUUUAUUAUCUUAUGGGACAGACUUCCAUUUUUGUAUGUAUCUUAAUUGUCAUGUAUAAUCUUUGUGACGCAUGGUAAUUCUUUUAAAACAUAGUUAUUGUUACAUUACGUUUAUUUAAGACUUCUUUAAUUUGAGACGUGUUUGUCGAGAAAAUUUAAGUAAUUCUGAUAUGUGUAUUUUUGUAUAAAUGUUAAAUUAUAAAUUGACUGUAUGAUUGUGUGUAUGUGUGAAUGUAUAUCAGUUGAA